GAUGUUGCCACUUGUGUGUGUGCUGUUGCUGGCUACCUCUGCGCUGGGUCGUUUUGAUGAAUCCUCUUUGGAUGCCCAGUGGGAAGAGUGGAAGAGCACACAAAGGAAAGAAUACAAUGGCUUGGGUGAGGAGGGGAUCCGCAGGGCCAUUUGGGAGAAGAAUAUGCGCAUGAUUGAGGCUCACAACGAGGAGGCCGCGCUGGGCAUUCACUCCUUUGAGAUGGGGAUGAACCAUCUGGGAGACAUGGAUCCCAACUGUAACAAAGAUGACGUCAAUCAUGCCGUACUGGCAGUAGGCUAUGGAGUGAACACCAAGGGGAAGAAGUACUGGAUUGUCAAGAACAGCUGGGGUGAGGAAUGGGGCAACAAGGGAUACAUCCUGAUGGCACGUAACCGUGGCAACCUCUGCGGCAUCACCAACCUCGCUAGCUACCCCAUCUUGUGAACAGAUUAGGGAAAAUGAACGGGCUUUGCUUAGACUACUAUAAGACGAAUAUACACUUGGAAAUGUUCAGAGUAAAUGUUCAUUUCAACACAUCUGCAACCACUACAGUACAAUAUGUUUGUUUACAGUCUUUUCUAACAAGAAAUGGAAUUUGGAGUUACCGAACAGGUUAACUGAAAACAGGCAAAAAAUAUUUUGAGUCUUACACUUAAAAAGGGUUUAAAAAACACUUUUAAAUCCUGGAGUUAUCUCAUGCCUGCAGACCUCUGCUGUGCUCUGGUUAAUAAAGAAACACAUACAGUUUAUUGUAACUUCAGAGCAUGCUGUUGGUUGAAUAAGUCUAAUCCAGAGCACAGGCUUGUUUUAUGCUGAAGUCGCAUGUUAAAUCUACAUAUCUACAUGACACAACAUACUUUUUCUUUUUACAGUAUUUGCCUGGUAGUCAGUGAUAGUUUCAGUCCCUACUUUUACUUGCUUUCUGUGUGAAAAAAGACAGGAAACAUUGCUGUGCAAUGGGAGCUACUCCUUUCCUGCUGGUAGUGUGAGUUCCUAUGAAUCUAUAAAACUAUUUUCUCUUGUGAUCACAAGGACUUGUCAUUCUGUUCUGCACUUUUCCAAUGAUUACAUUGUAAACAGAUGUUUUCUAUGAAAUUGGAUAAACAGUUUGUUUUGAAUUU